GUAAACUAACGGAUAAGCAUCGAUGGUAAUUGUUGUUCAUUGAAAAUUCAGACUCAUAUUCUUUGCCAAGAGUAAAAGGCGACGACUUUAAUAUACGAGUAAUAAAUCGAAGAAAGAAAAUAAUUGGGCCAAUAAAUUCGCCCAAUAUAGUGAAGACAGGGAAAAAGUGACACUUUGAAUUUAAAUUAGUUGUUCUGGAGACAACGCAAAUAGUGAUAAUUGAGUGAAAUUAGCCACCGCAGUCACAAGGAAGGAAGCAGCACUGCAGUAGCAGAGGCAGCGGAAGGCGAAGAAACACCCGUCUGCAGCUAUUGUAAGCAGCGUCAGCGUCAGCGUCGCGGCUGAGGCAGUUCAGCGCCCCAACCCCGACCCCGACCCCGAAAACUUAAAUGUGAAAAGAUGGCGACGAGUCGUACUAGUCGCAUACAACAAACGAAGAAUAUAAAUUCUUUCUUCUCCAAAAUACAAGGCGCCUUCUCGGAGGCGUGCACACAGCAACGAUUAUCAACUGAUAAGAAAACACUGGAGAAAACAUGGAAGUUAAUGGACAAAGUUGUAAAGCUGUGCCAGCAACCCAAAAUGAAUUUAAAAAAUAGUCCACCUUUCAUAUUGGACAUACUGCCGGACACGUAUCAGCGAUUGCGUCUAAUUUACUCGAAGAAUGAGGAUCAGAUGCAUGUUUUACAUGCCAACGAGCACUUCAAUGUCUUCAUUAACAACCUGAUGCGCAAGUGCAAACAAGCCAUUAAAUUGUUCAAGGAAGGAAAGGAGAAAAUGUUUGACGAAAACUCACACUAUAGAAGAAAUUUGACUAAGCUUAGUUUAGUUUUUUCACAUAUGCUCAGCGAACUGAAAGCAAUUUUUCCUAAUGGAGUAUUUGCCGGUGAUCAAUUUAGAAUUACGAAAGCAGAUGCUGCCGAUUUUUGGAAACUUAAUUUUGGGAACAGUACUUUGGUCCCAUGGAAAAUCUUCCGGCAGGAGUUGAACAAAGUACAUCCAAUAUCAUCUGGUCUAGAAGCGAUGGCGCUAAAAACAACCAUAGAUCUAACUUGCAACGAUUAUAUUUCAAAUUUUGAAUUUGACGUUUUUACCCGACUUUUCCAACCAUGGGUAACCCUCCUGCGCAAUUGGCAAAUAUUAGCAGUCACACAUCCUGGAUACGUUGCCUUCCUGACUUACGACGAAGUUAAGGCGCGAUUGCAGCGAUACAUUCACAAGGCUGGAAGCUAUGUGUUCAGGUUAUCAUGCACGCGACUUGGUCAGUGGGCGAUAGGGUAUGUUACCGCAGAUGGAGAAAUUUUGCAGACCAUACCCCAAAACAAAUCCCUGUGUCAAGCGUUGCUGGAUGGCCAUAGGGAGGGCUUUUAUUUGUAUCCGGAUGGUCAAGCUUGUAAUCCUGAUCUAUCAUCAGCAGUGCAGAGUCCUACGGAAGAUCACAUUACAGUUACACAAGAACAAUAUGAACUAUACUGCGAGAUGGGUAGUACAUUUCAGUUGUGUAAAAUUUGUGCAGAAAAUGAUAAAGAUAUACGCAUUGAGCCCUGCGGGCAUCUGCUAUGUACACCGUGCCUCACAUCCUGGCAAGUGGAUUCAGAGGGACAGGGUUGUCCGUUCUGUCGGGCAGAAAUCAAGGGCACGGAACAAAUUGUAGUGGACGCUUUCGAUCCGCGUAAACAGCACAAUCGCAAUUCGACGAAUGGCCGCCAUCAGAAUACCGACGAUGACGAUACAGAGGACGGCGCAGAGUUCAACAUAGCCACAUCGUCGCUCCACGCAUUGAGCAACAGUAUGACCACGACUACACCUGCCGCGGACAAGCACAGUCCUCACACGUCUCCGCGUUUUGCACGUCGAAGUACUACGCCCAGCUUGCUUGCUGUGCAGAACGACUUGUAUGCUGGCCACGUGCCGAGUCUUACAUUAGCCAACUCAACGGGCAGCAACUACAUCGUGGCUGCGAGCGCAUCAGCUAUAGCUAACUCAAUACUUUCACCCCAGCCUACACCCACAGCACCAUCGAUACAUGCGCUAAAUGGCGGCGGUGCGGGAAUCGGAAAUAGUAUUAGCAACGUUGCAAGCGCUGUUCAAAAAUCGACCAAUCGAAUGAGUGCACCUCUAAUGGGUGUUGCUGCUGCUCCGAACGGCGGUAAUUCUACUAGCAACUAUGUGACGAGAAUGGCAACGAGCAAAUCCGAACACAACGACCAUUCCUCGUAUGCAAUAUUACAAGGUCUGCAAGAACCUUUGCUGCUACAAGCGCAACAACAGCCGCAGACAACAGGGCAACGCCAAACUGUGGGCGCAUCUGUGAUUGGUGGGGUCUCGGGAGCACCUCCUUUGCCGCCACGAAAAUCAUCACCUGGUGUGGAAAAUAGCGCCUCAAGUAUUAUCGGCGUAAGCGUUGCUGCAACGCCAGUUGCAGCCGCAGUAGCCAAGCAUAGGGGGCAGGCGACAAUUGGAGCUGCAACUCCUUCAGAUAGUUCAGCGGCAAACACAGAAGGGGCUGCUAUGCCACCGCAGACAACAGCACCGCCGAUACCACCACACGGCAACUUAAUGCUAGUUGAUAGCAUUGUCGAAGACUUACGCACGCAACAAAUCGUCACGACUACUGCAAUGACAUCCACACCUUCGAUCUCAUCGCAAUCGACGCCAGGAUCGGUAUCUGCUACUACGCCUACGCGUUCGAUACUCGACGACGACAUCGUGGGACCAGCAGAGACCAUUAUGGGUGUAAUUGAUACUCGGCCAUUGGAAGCACGUUUGGCGGCAGCAGCUCUAAUUUUGGAACCAACAACGGUAAAGUUGCCGCCUGCAGCAGGUAUCACCUCCAUGCCAUGUACACCGCACUACACCCAGCUUUGCAACGCUACAUCAUCAACACAACCCGCUGCAGUAACGUCAUUAGUACCUACCGGAGGUGCGGCCGUGAUACCCGGGUCACAUGCGUCACAGCAUUUAAAGCAACCACAACAGCCUCUGCUUUACGAGAAUGUUACGAUCAAUCCAAAAUAUUGCAAUGUUCCGUAUGAAAAUAUCAAUCUGGAAUAUAUUGCACGUCUUAUGAAUGAGGGUUAUUCCAAGGAAAAUGCCAUUACAGCGCUGGGAAUCUCGCGAAACAACAUUGAGAUGGCCUGUGACAUUUUGCGCGAAUUCGUAUCAAAAAGUAGCGUUUGAGAUGUACGGCGGACAAGAAUCUUUACAAAUGCAGCAAGCAUUGAAUGCAAUAAUACAUACAUACAUAUAUCAGGUUAGUCAAUAUAUAGAUCAGUUUAGUUCGGUGCUGCGUGAGAAUCUGCAAAAUAUUUGCCCUUGGAAGGAAUGCUAUAAACAAGAUUCAAAUUUAGACGAGCAAAGCCAACUGCAUAUACGAAUAUACUUAAUUUUUAAUUUCUAAAAUAACUUAAACCAUUAAACAAUGCAGAAGAUUUGAUUUUAUAAAAUCAUCAAAUAUACUAAAGAGCUGGAGUUUCCUCAAUUUCGCUUAAAACACGUAUUCAAAACGAAUAUGGAAACAAUUUUCAUUUUAAACAUGCUAUCCAACAAGUAAAAAAUAUUAUGUAUGUUAGUUAUACAAAAAUGUAGCUCCUUCAUAUAUUAGUAAACUCAAAGGCAUUCGCAUGUAGUGGCAGGGCCAUAAGCAAUACUCAAUGCCUCAAAAUAAAAAAAAAUAAUUGUCGAAAACUACAAAGAAAUCAAAGAAAUGCAAAUAAUUAGGAAGUUAUUAAUGAAAUAAAACAACUACAAAAUAAGUAAUAAGAUUCUUAUUCAAAUUAUACUCGAAUCAAUGCAUACCGACAUAAAUUUAUUGCAAUAUUACUAUUACAGGAAAAAGCCAACUAUUAUAUUAUGAUACAUACACGUACCAAACAAGAACUACUUCGAAAAAAGUAUGUCUAAUUGCCAAACUACACGCACAUCAUUCUCAAGAUUAGAAAAACUUCAUAUCUACCCAUUUUAUGUUAAUUGAAACGUGCGUGGGAAUGUAUUUUAUAAUUCAGAGCCUUAAAAAUUAUGAAAUUCUCGAACUCAGCGAUAACUUACAAUAUAUUAAUAUUUUUGAAUAUAUUUUUAUAUAUAACAAAUUAGAUAUUGAUUCGAAAUCUAUGGUACGCUGCUGUAUGAAGACGUUAACCUUUUUUGUGUAGAACAAGCUGGGUAGACAAAAUUAACUUAAAGGGCCCUCUCGCAAUUCAGAUUAAAAUAUUUAUUUUUAUGCCCACAGCCUACUGCAGAGAACGACCGUGCUCAGAAAUCAAUUAAUUAUUGCAAAUGUAAGCAAUUUUAGUAAUAAUAAACAGAAUUUCGAGAGCUCCCGGCACUUUCGACAAAAUCUGAUUUUGACGCUAUGUAAUUUUGUGUGAAUGUUUUGCUGGUGUGUACUAUUUUGAUGAAACUUUAGAAGAAAAUUUAUUUUAAAUUUACGAUUUCAACUUAAGAAAAUGGUAUAGUAAAUGAGUACGAAUUUCAAGUGCAAGUGCGUGGACGCAUUUCGCUUGAAUCAUAAAAUUUUACCUAUUCAUAAUAACAGCAGUGCUGCCAUUAACUGAUUAGCGAGCGAAAUUAUUUGUCUUAAAGCAAAUUAUUUUUGAUAAGUUAACAAUUUGUUGUUAUUGUAGCAACAUAAACAUUACCCAUGCAUAUACAGGGAAAGCGGCUAAAGUGACAGUCCUUGGUCGGAUACAAAUCCGGGUCGUUCCGGUUACGUAGGACCGACUGUCGGGGGAACGAACAAUUCUUGUCGUUCAUUGUGUUGAAUGCCGAAUUGUCUAUAUGUUCUUCCAGAAACUGCCCUCUACGAUCGCUUG